UCAAUGGGAAACCGCACUAUAUUCCUUGUAAAUAAUACUCUUCACUGCAUCUCAAAUGCCAAAGGGAUCUGUCAGAACCUACGGACAUGUCCGAAAGUUCCUCUGGAGUGAACACCAGCAGCGAAAGUUUUCCGAAGUCUCACUCGCACUACUCUGAGUUAAGCGACACACACACUCCUUUCUCUGUGGAACUGACUCCAGACUCUGGCAUUGUUGCCACACCAUUGCCAUCCAGCCGGUUCAGGUUUGCCUCGUGGCACUGGCUCGAGGAACAUGAUGUCCGCGGAGACCAGCUCGCCUGUCCCAGGGUCAGAGAGGGACCUGCUGAAGACGAGCUGUCUGUUAACAUUGAAGACAUGUUUCUCAGAGGAGGCAGGAGGAAGAGGAGAGAGGAUGAAGAACAGAAAUGGGAGGAGAGACUUCAGGAGAACUGGGAGAAUUGUGUGGUGCUGAACUUGUCUUAUCAGGACCUGGGAGAUCCAUACCAGCUGGAGAACUUCAUCCGCAUCCUGAGGAGACUGAUCCGGGUGGAGCGUCUGCAGUUGGUGGAUAACGCUCUGGGGGAUCUCAGCUCUGUCAGACUGCCAAGAUGUAAAAUCCUGAAUCUUCACCGGAACAACUUGACGUCCAUUCGUCAGCUGCCAAAGGUUCCUGAGAUCCAGCACUUGUGCCUGUCUGAAAACAGUAUUUCCUCUCUGGGCGAGUUGUCUCUGCUGAGGAGUGCGCCGCUCCGAUCUCUGACCCUCAAAUGCAACCCCUGCCAGUUUCAGGAGGAUUACCGCUCACGUGUGUUCUUCUGUUUGCCAAAACUUCAAGUUCUGGAUGGCAUUCCAAAGCUACCGGAAGAUUCCGUGCCUCCCUCCUCACCAGAAGCAUCCAGAUUUUGUACCAUUCUCUGACAUCGAAACAGCAGAACCUGAAGCCAAAAUCUGAAUCCAAUGUACUGUACUGUCAGAGUGAACUGUGAAAGCUCAUAAAUGCACUUGUAUAUAGUAUAUGUAUAUUGUAUAUAACUACGAUACAUUUUUAAUGACUUAUUAAAGCUAUUUUUGUACCUGUACAUUAUACUUACAUUUCAUCUACUCCUGCAUCAAUUUAAGACAGCAGCAGCCAAUAUAUGAAUUAGAAUAGACUCAAAGCACGGGAGGGAUACAUAUAAAAUGGAUCAUAGUGCUUCUGUUGUAUUUUGACUGUUUAGGUCUCAGUAUGUCAGCUGCAUGUAAUUCUGGCUAUUUGGUUGCUCAAUGACCAGCCAAUUGGCUUUGUUAGUUCACACUUUAUCCUGAUGACUGUUUUGACAGGCGAGUCCGUUCGGUAUUGCUUGAAGCUUGGCUAGUGUGAAGAAAGGGCACAGAGAUUAAAUCAGAUACAGUCAUGUGACACUGUGGUUACCAGCAGAUAAAACUGAUGAUGUCACAGCCAAGCGUUUCAUGUUCUCACAGGCUAAUGUGGACAGAGGCAUAUGAAUAAUAUCCUAAAUUUAAAUUAAA